AUGCCCGAUCCUUUUCAGGUUGCGCUUGAUAACUCUCCAGUGCCUGUUGGUAAGCUGGCAUGCCUUUUUCUCCAGCCCAUGAUACAACUUGUCGAACCCAUCACCUAUCCUCCUGACCUUUGCCACAACUUCCGGCUCCAAGUUUCCUUCUUCCUUUUCCAUCCGAGCGAACACCGGUUCCAGCCUGUCGGCUGUAGCGGCAAACAUCUCGUUGUACUCAGAUGUGCACAACAGAAUCUUCAUGCGCUGGAAGUGAAUGUUGGGGAGUGGCUUGGGUGGUUCGUAUUCAUAGGAGGGUCCCGCCUACAUAUCGAUGUGAUCGAUGAGGGGGGGAGCGGGGUUGGAGAUACGAUCGAGCAACUGUUGCUUCUUGAAGAGAUGCAUGCAAAGUGCAAGCUCCUCAAUGUCGUGUUUCGCUUUUUCAGCACGUUCAGGGUUGAAGGGGCAGCGAAUGAGUGGCUUGAUGGUGGGGCGUACAAUUCGGCAAGGUUUGCCAACGUCGUCGAACUUGUGCAUGUUGUGGAUGGUGAUACACUCAAGCAGGCCUGUCGGCUCGUGCUUGGCAGUGACAAUGAAAGAAUGAAGAAAAGGGUAGGGAGGGGGGAAUACAGAUCUCAGUCGGGUUUCCACGCCCACUGCAAGUGGUUUUGGAAGAAUCUUACACUCUCCCUAAGGCUGCCCAUGCUGGUUAUCCAUUGUAAGCCCUAA